UCAUCUGUUACGCAGUUCCAAACAGUGCACCGUAGCGUAUAACUUUGUAACAAAUAGCUAAGCUAAUGAGUAACAACUAAAAUUACAACUGAACAGAAGACAUUUCAGAGUUCAAGAUGUCCCGAGAGCAGCUGAUUGUCCAACGGGCCAGGAAGUCCUUCCAGACAGGAAAAACCAAACCUUUGGAGUUCAGGGUCCAUCAACUGAAGAAUCUUCUACGUUUUAUCACUGAGAAACGGCGUAACAUUGCAGAUGCUGUCAAAAAGGAUUUGGGCAAGAGUGAACAUGGAACUGAGCUGUUUGAGACUCUUGGGCUGGAGGGUGAGAUCAACCUGGCCAUAGAGAAUCUGAUGGAGUGGGCGGCUCCUCGGCCAGUGGAGAAGAACCUCCUCACCAUAUCAGAUGAAGUUUACAUCCAGCCCGAGCCCCUGGGACUGGUGCUCAUCAUCGGAGCAUGGAAUUACCCCUGGGCCGUCACCUUGCAACCACUAGUUGGAGCUAUUGCUGCUGGUAAUGCAGCCAUAAUAAAGCCAUCUGAGGUCAGCUCUUACUCUGCUAAGGCCAUGGAGGAACUUCUCCCUCUAUAUCUAGACAAGGACCUGUACCCAGUGGUGACAGGAGGAGUGUUAGAGACCCAGGAGCUGCUGAAGCAGAAAUUUGAUCACAUUUUCUACACGGGAAGCAGCGCAGUGGGCAGACUGGUGAUGGAAGCUGCAUCUCACCACCUCACACCAGUGACACUGGAGUUGGGAGGAAAGAGCCCCUGCUACAUUGACAAGAACUGUGACAUCACUGUAGCAUGCCGACGCAUCACAUGGGGAAAAUUUGUCAACUGUGGUCAGACGUGCAUUGCUCCAGACUAUAUCCUGUGUGAACCUUCCAUUCAGAGUACAGUGGUGGAGGAGAUCAGGAAAUGCAUCAAGGAAUUUUACACGGAUAAUCCGAAGAGCUUUGAGGACUAUGGACGCAUCAUCAACCAGCGGCACUUUAAGAGGAUCAUGGCGCUCAUGGAUGGGAGCACAGUGGCUCUGGGUGGAGACAGUGAUGAAUCCCAGUGCUACAUAGAGCCCACUGUGCUCAAAGAUGUGACCAGUGAAUCCAAAGUGAUGAGGGAGGAGAUCUUUGGACCGCUGCUUCCCAUCAUCACAGUGAGUGGUGUCGACGAAGCCAUACAGUUUAUCAACGAAAGAGAGAAACCGCUGGUGGUCUACGUUUUCUCCCAUGAAAAAAAGCUGAUCAAAAGGGUGAUAGCUGAGACAUCCAGUGGAGCUCUGCUGGCUAACGACUGCCUGGUCCACUUCACCGUCAGUGCUCUGCCCUUCGGAGGAGUCGGUAACAGCGGUAUGGGCUGCUACCACGGUCGACACACCUUUGACCAGCUCAGCCACCUCCGCAGCUGUCUGAUCAAGCAGCUGAAAAUGGAGGGAGUCAAUAGCAUGCGCUACCCCCCACACACCGCCAAGAAGAUGAGCUGGGCUCGAUUCUUUCUGCUGAAGCAGGUUAACAUGGGCCGGCUACGUCGUACGGUACUACUGGCCAUGUUAGCUGGCUUGGCAGCGUUUGCGGUCCAGAGAUUCCUGCAACGAGGCUGACGAGUAGAAACUUUUAACCCUGGGACUAACCCUGUGCUGGUGCAGGUGCUCCAGGAUCAGCCCCACGCACUCCUGUACAACACUCCUGUGAUUUGUCCAAAUUAUUUCACAGACAUGCAUAUGUGUGCCACUGACAUAAGUCCUUUAUAUUUCAUUUGUUACACUGUAAGCUGCUAUUCAGACUUUGUUUUGUAUUAGUUGUAUAGAAGUCAGUCCUAGUUUCUUGGUACUUGGUAAUUUAGAAUUUUGAAAUUAUUGAACAUCUCCAUCAUGCAACAAAUUAUGUUUCUACACAAUGAAAAUCGGCACAUUUUCUUGAUUUAAACCCUUUCAUGCAUGAAUUAUAAGAACCUUAAUUUAAGAUUUUUUUCCUGAGUGUUUUUAUUCCUCUUUAGGCAUGAAAAUAACAAUUCAG